UGUCCUCAAUCUCUUUUUCUUUUCUUUUUUUUUUUCGUUCUAAAAUAUACAAUCUGCCAGACAAAGCAAUCUUUCAUUCACACUGGUAACCCAUGUUAUGCGGUUAAAAAAUAGACACAGACGCUAAAAAAAAACCAAAAAACUCAAAUUUGUAUCCAUACAUUUCCAACACAAUUUAUCGUUUCCUUGAUUUUCUCUGUAUAUUUAAAUAACUCACUAAAACCUCCGAAUCCAUUAGCACCUACAAAACAAUAUAAUCUCAAAAAAGAGAAGAGGAUGAACUCAUCCUGUUUACGAGUUAUAUUACUCUUAGGUGCCAUUAAUGCCGUCGUUUCUUUAUCAAUAACCAGAUCUUCAUCAACAAUAACUAGAUCUUCAACGAUUACCAAAUUUUCAUCACUUGGUCAUGUGUUCCAAAUCUGCAAGGGAUUGUGUCCGGGAUGUGACCACGACUCCUUGCAGUUCUUAUUCCGACACAACCUGGUCCGUGCCGCCAGAUUCGAACCUCCUUUGAUGUGGGACAGCAGGCUCCAGAACUACGCUCAAGGGUGGGCUAAUCAACGAAGGGGGGAUUGUGCUCUGAGACACUCUUUUUCCAACGGAGAGUUUAAUCUUGGUGAGAACAUCUACUGGGGAUCCGGCGCCAACUGGUCUCCGGCCGACGCAGUGGUUGCUUGGGCCAGCGAGAAGAGGUUUUAUCAUUACGGCUCCAACACGUGCGACCCUGGUCAGAUGUGUGGCCAUUACACACAGAUCGUGUGGAAGAACACGAGGAGGGUCGGGUGCGCACGUGUGGUAUGCAACAAUGGUGGAAUCUUCAUGACUUGUAACUAUGAUCCUCCCGGUAACUACAUUGGCCAGAAACCCUACUAAUCAUCAUUCAUCUGUUGAUCCGAUUCUCUCAAGUCAUCUUAUCUUUAGAUAGUAUUAUGACUUUUUGAGGAAAUUAGGUGGGUGUAUUUGUGUAUUUUAAUUGCUAGAUUAAUAGAAGUUUUUGUGUGGGGUUUGUGAUAUUGAUUUAUGUAUCUCGAUUAUUAUAAUGAUGGUUGUAAUUGCAUUAACGGUUAUUCAUAUAUCCGUAAGAAUGCGCAGUAUAUAUAUAAUAUAUGAAAAGAUGAUAUGUUUUUUAAGAAAUUCAAAAAUGCAAA